AUGGCUGGAGAUGAAGGGAGAUCCGAAAAGUCGACGUCUAUUCGUAGACGUCUGACCACCUCCAUCAAGCGUGUCAUGAGCUACACCUCCUCGAAGUCCAAUAAGUCCUCGGGUUCCAUGAUCGCCUCCGAGCCGCAGUCUCCGAUUGUUGCGUCUUCUUCCGCUGCUGUUACUGCCACUACUGCUGCUCCCGUUGUGUUGGCGUCUACCCCCGCUCCCACCAGGCUCACCGAGAAGCCCGCCCACAAGCCCGCCCACAAGCCUUACCGCCCUCCCAAGAACCCCACCUCCCCUCCUCCCGUCAUGAGCGCCGCUGAGCGUGCUCAGGCCCUGUUCAAGAAGCACGGCCUCGACGUCAAGUCGACUGACUUGCCCCUUUCCACGACGCCCCAGUCGGACCGUGUCCAGAAGGACAUCCGCAUGCGCGUCCAUCGCAGCUGCCACAAGUGCGAGACGCCCUACGGUGCCGACAAGACCUGCCUCGAGUGCGGUCACAAGCGGUGCAAGAAGUGCCCCCGACACCCGCUCAAGAAGUCGAAGGACAAGGGCAAGGAGAAGGUCACUACCAAGACUGGCAUCGCCCCUGGCUAUAAGAAGCGCAAGGGUGACAUCGCCUAUGGUAUCACCAUCCCGGGCAGGAGGGGCGGACAGGAUCUGGUCCGCAAGGAAGUUCGUCAACGCGUCCAUCGCAAGUGCCAUCGUUGCGAUACCGACUUCGCUUCCGAGAAGGUCUGCGGCAAGUGCAAGCACAACCGUUGCAAGAAGUGUCCUCGUCAUCCAUCUCCCAAGGGUGGAAAGGACUACGGAAAGAACGACCCUACCGAUUCGGAGCCGGAUUAUCCCGCCCCGCCACGCCGGACCUACAAGAAGCCCCGUCGCCGUGUGCACUGGACUUGCAACAACUGCCAGGCUACUUUCAUAGAAAAGACGAAGCUUUGUGGUGGAUGUGGCUCCAAUCGGGAUGACACGGGUGUUAGAGACCCUCCCAAGAAGCCCAAGUACAAGCCGACCGACUCCGAAGUGCAACGCCUCAACGAUCGUCUGAAACAGACCUCGUUGUCCGCCGCCUAA